CUGACUUUACACACACACACACACAUAUCUGUAGUACACUACACUACCUUCAGUUCUGAUCAUCUGCAUCUCUUCAGGAUGACACAUCUUAUUUGCAACGCCUGCUUUAUCCUGCCUGUUGCUUUACAUCUGCUGUUAUUCCCCAGUCCAUGUUCUGCUGCAGCCACUAGGAAGUGCGGCUCCAUCUAUAAAGGGUUUGCCCAGUGUCUGCUGGCUUUAGGGGACAGUCUUUCUGUCACCGCCCAAAGAGACGAAGACACACAGGAGAUUGACUCUAUUUGCAAGUCCUGGGAUGACUUUCACGACUGCGCAAAUGUCGCCAUGGCCGGCUGCCCGGAUGAAGCUGCUGCAGUGUGGGAGUCUCUGAGACAGGAGUCCAAAAAGAUGCAGUUUUCUGGGAACCUGUAUGAGAUGUGCUCCAGUCGUAGCCAAUCAGCGGCGGCCUCUGAUUCCCAAAGCCCGGAUGAAACAAAUCAGGAAUCAUUAAAGGGUCGCGCUAGUCAUACAAGUCUGAGCCUUUAUACCCUUUUGACCUUUUGUUUUCCUAUACUACUGUUUCCAUGGAUAUAAAUACAUUUCUCUGCUUUCUUAAAAAGACUCACCUCAAAGCAAUCCAGGACAUUGACAAACAUAUUGACUGGUUAUGUUCUUGCAUCAUGAAUAAUAAUGUUUUUUUUGUUCAGUCAAACUUUUCAGAACAACAAAAAAAAGUUAUUUUCACACGUGGGAAGGCAAAAUCUUACUCUUAAGUACAAUAAACAUUAGGUGGACCAUAAUGCUCCUCUCUAUUGAUGAUCCUCUAUAGACCUGAUGAGGUAAAAAUAAAGACCCACAAUAAUUUCAGACAAGUCCAUUGUAGUACAAUGGGUAUCAAAGCAAAGACCUCCCAAAAAAGUCAUUAUUUCGCUUCAUACUUUUUAUAGACCCCUAAAAGGAUUAGGUGAAAUGAUUACCACAAAUAAAAGUAAAUCUAAGCAACACAUCUCACCUAUAGGCUUUGCUUAAAAAACCCUCAUCAGACUUGAGGUGUUUAGUUUGAAUGCCUUUGGGUGACAGUUUCAUUGAUUUAGCUUAACAAACAGCACGGUAUUGUGCUCAAAGGUGUUUUUGUACUAAUCUGAAUCAGCAUAGAAAAGGCGUUCACUUAAUGUUGGUCAGAGUGCAAUGUAUAUAUUGUAUAUACUUACAUACACAUACACUCCUCAUAGAUACUUUUUUAUUUUUUCAAAUAUUUGUAAUUACACAUCAAAAAACUAAUUUAUUAGCUUCAAACAAAUCACCAAACAAUGAUAAUAUAUUGUAAAUAUGACCGAAAUGCUGUAAAGAAUGGCUUAUUUCAUACUGUAGUUCUAAACCUGUCAUUUACUGUAGGCGUGCAACAACUGAAUGAGCAAAUCGAUGGGGGUUAACAGCAUAAACCGAUUAACAACUAAUGAUUACAAAUUGAACGACUGCUGCCAUAAAUAUGAGCGUCUAGUUUGUUUUGGGAGGACAUGUGGUGGUUUAAUGUAUAAAGUAAAUGCGCUGUUACAGAGGUUGUUACCCAGAUCAGCUUUCAUUAUCUACACGCUCUACGCUGACUCUGCUCGGCUCAGCGGAUUUUUAAGUCAAUGUGAUUUAUGUUUAAUUUUUAGAUUUAAUUGGCAAUCAAUCAUGUUUACCAAUGCAGUAAACUUAUUAAGGAGGGCAAAAGCCAUUUAUUUAGUCAAAGAACAGAAAACUUUAAUGAGGGGGAAUUGCACUACAGUGUCACAAAAUUUGUUUUUGUUUGGUAAUAGCGUUUCCUUGAGAAAUUGUUUUGAUAUUGUUUAUGACAUGUGUUUAACACAGCAUUGCGGCUUGAUCAAAAGCAGACUCUUAAUGCUCCGACCUGUGUUUCUUUGCUAAAAGUCCAAUUAAAAUUUUGUCAUGAUCAGUGAAUGUAGAAAAAAAAGUCUAUAUAGUGACAGUCUCAAUAAUAUAGAAAGGGCUAAUAUGUAUUAUGUCAAUCCUUGCUACUAAAUAGUGUUCAUCCAUAAAUACCUCCUUUAUUGAAACUUCUUUAAUAAUAUAUAAAUAAACACUGUUAUAAUUUUGCUUGACUGAUACAUGUUAAAUGAACUGCAUGUAUAAGACAUUUCCUGUCAAAAGUGUAUUUAUUUAAUUUAGCUAUCUUACAUAUUGCCGAUUGCUUACUUUUACGCUGUUACCAGAAAAAAAAUCACAAAAAAUAAAUAAAAUCCACUUAAUUUUAAUGCAGAUGUUCUUUGCUUUAAAUGCUUUUUGUUUAGAAACAUUGGUCCUAUCAUACAACUGUCUAUAUACUAUUUGCUAAAUGGCAAUAUACCAUAUAUUACAAAUAAAAGGUGCUGGUAAAUACAGUAAAUAAAACACCCUUGCCUUGGUUUAUGCCCAUAAAACAUGUUGUUUUCUCUGCAAGCCUUGUAAUAUGUGAGAGCUCUCAAACAGAAUGUGUGUAAAUCACCGUUUGUUAUUUUUCUACCUCUUCUAGAUAUUAAUAUUUUAUUGUUCACAAAUGCCUCUGUAAACACAAACCCAUCUUUCUGUUAGUAAGACAGAUUACCUCCAAACACAAGUGAACCUUACUGUGCACUCCUGCAGUGCUUGUCCAAUCGUUUUUAGGGCAUUUGUAACUCUUGCUUCAUGCUUUUGCAUUUAACCAAGUGAUAUUUCUGUAGAAGUCAUGCAUUCUGUACAAAAACCUUCAACUAAAACGUUUUAAAAGUCAGUGCAGCUCGUUUUAUAUGGGACUUUGGGCCAGGCUUGUGUUACAGUAAGGGAGCUAAAACACUUAUUGAUGUUAGUGUACUCUAUGGUGAGAUGAUGAUAUAUGUCUUGACAGUAAUCCAGUAACAGUGUAAAGAGUAAUGUGGAUGCACUGUGGUUUUAUUGCUUGUUGGUGGCGUUUUAAUUGCAGGAAGGCUUACCGUUUUGCAUUUCCUUUGGUCUGUUUUAAUAGGAUAUUUCUGUGGUGGCAGAGAUGGAAGCAGCAUCGUUUUUUGGCAUUGUAGUGCGUUCUGCUUGUAAUUUCCAAGGACAACGCUCUCUAAUUAAAUUAAAAUGUUUAUACAGUAAAAUAAUUAUAGGAAAACUGAUCCAAGCCUGGCAUUAGUUUAUGCAAGGAGUUAGGCAAUCUUUGAGUAGCAACCAACCAGCUGGCAUUCCAGCGUACCCUACAUGUGGUCAAACAAACAUCCAGCUAAUUACCAGCUUGUGCCAAUCAAUGCAAUGCAAAGGUCAUGGGUUUAAUCCCAGGUAACACUUAUACCUACUGAUUAAAGAAACUGUAUAAAUAAUAAACUGAUUAAAGAUUGUGUUGUAAAUUGCUUUAAAUAAAAGCAUUGGACAAAUUCAUACAGUGUAAAAAAAAUUGGCAUGACGUUUAAACAACUUAAAGGACACUCCACUUUUUUUGAAAAUAUGCUAAUUUU